ACUCUAGGCCGGGCGCCAUCCCCGGGCCGUUCCACCCGGAGAUCCGGGGCUCCAGAUCCCGGAGCUGCCUCCGCCCCCCAACCCUCCGGCGUCCCCAGCCCGGGAGUCUUCCCGGCGAGACAGAAUUCCGGCUGGGCUUUCCGGGCGACCUGAACCGCUUUUUGGCUCCAGCCGGCCAGCCCCUCCCCUCCAAAUGUUAAUUAAACCAAGUCCCGAACCAGGUUUCCCCUUCCCCUCCAGGUGUGACCCACGUGACUUCAGGGGUGCGCUGUCACGUGUCGGGGCGGCUGAAAUCUGCGGGUUUGAAGUCCAUUUAAAUCCCCAGCCAGACUUGGGGAAGACAAAUUUCCAGCCCUCAGGGAGCAUUUGCUUUUGAAAGGCUGAGACGCCGAGCUCGUACGUGGGCGCACCCAAGGUCCACCCCCAGCCCCGACACCAGCGGAGGAGGAGGGACGACAUUCCCGGGAUCGAGAGAAAGGGCCAGGCGGGGAAUUCCGGAGGAAUUGGAGGAUAAAAUAUAGAGCUGGGAAAAUAGGAAGCGACUCAAAAGCCAAACGAAGCCGUUUUAUUCGGUCCUAUUGGCGAGCGGGAGCCACGGAGACCCUGUAGCCACGCUACAGAAAGGGGGAUUCAGGCUCGCCGCCAGUCCCCGGAGGAGGCCCGACCAGCCAGGGAAACACCUCCUUUGAGCCGGGGUCCCGCCCCUGCUCCUGCUGCUGAGUGGCCAGGUUGGCUGCUCCCCAGUGGGCUCGAGAUGGCUUGAGACCUCUGCACCAAUACCAGCGUGCCGAGCGCUCUGACAGGGGCAUCCGCGGCAGCCCAUUGGCCGCCUCCGUGGGACGCGUCGCCUCGGGGGGCGGUCCUAAGCGGUUACGCUACUCGGACUCCGGACAGCUUCCCUUGGAAGCGUAAGUGGGUGUUCGGAUCCCAGGGAGAGCGGAGGAGGGUCCAAUGGCACCGAGUUCCCCAGCCAGCUCUCCCAAGCAGAGGGACCCCAAGAAGUUUCCAAAUGGCAACAGCACAGCUCAAGGGGAAUGGGGCCGAGCCUGGGAGGUGGACUGGUUCUCCUUGGCGAGCGUCAUCUUCCUGCUGCUGUUCGCCCCCCUCAUUGUUUACUACUUCAUCAUGUCCUGCGACCAGUACAGCUGCUCGCUCACGGCGCCCAUGCUGGAGGUAGUGACGGGCAGGUCCAGCCUCUCGGAGAUCUGGGCCCGGACGCCGGGGGUGACGGCCAGAGCGGCGCAGAUCUACGUCGUCUGGGUCACUUUUCAGGUGGUUUUAUACAUGAUGGUUCCUGAUUUUUGCCACAAAUUUUUGCCCUUCUACGUGGGAGGCGUUCAGGAAGGGGCCGUCACCCCUGCAGGAACUGUGAACAAGUAUGAGAUCAAUGGUCUCCAGGCCUGGAUCAUCACCCACCUGCUGUGGUUUGCAAAUGCUCAGUUUUUCCACUGGUUCUCGCCCACGAUCAUCUUCGACAACUGGAUCCCGCUCCUGUGGUGCGCCAACAUUCUGGGCUACGCCGUGUCCACCUUCGCCAUCGUCAAAGGCUACUUCUUCCCCACCAAUGCCCGCGACUGCAAGUUCACAGGCAACUUCUUCUACAACUACAUGAUGGGCGUGGAGUUCAACCCGAGGAUAGGGAAGUGGUUCGACUUCAAACUCUUCUUCAACGGCCGCCCGGGGAUCGUCGCCUGGACGCUCAUCAAUUUGUCCUUCGCGGCCAAGCAGCAGGAGCUGCACGGCUCGGUGACCAACGCCAUGGUCCUGGUCAACGUCCUGCAGGCUCUCUACGUGGUGGACUUUUUCUGGAACGAAGCUUGGUACCUGAAGACCAUCGACAUCUGCCACGACCACUUCGGCUGGUACCUGGGCUGGGGGGACUGCGUCUGGCUGCCCUACCUCUACACCCUGCAGGGCCUGUACCUGGUCUAUCACCCCGUGCAGCUCUCGGCGCCGCACGCGCUGGGCGUCCUGCUGCUGGGCCUGGGCGGCUACUACAUCUUCCGGGCGGCCAACCAGCAGAAGGACCUCUUCCGCAAGACCAACGGCCACUGCACGGUGUGGGGCCGGAAGCCGCGCUACAUCGAGUGCUCGUACACGUCGGCCGACGGGCGCCGGCACCGCAGCCGCCUCAUGGUCUCGGGCUUCUGGGGCCUGGCGCGCCACUUCAACUACACGGGCGACCUCAUGGGCAGCCUGGCCUACUGCCUGGCCUGCGGCUUCUCGCACCUGCUGCCCUACUUCUACAUCAUCUACAUGUGCGUCCUGCUGGUGCACCGCUGCCUGCGCGACGAGGACCGCUGCUCCCGCAAGUACGGCCGCGACUGGGAGCGCUACACGGCGGCCGUGCCCAAGCGCCUGCUGCCCGGCCUCUUCUAGCGGGCGGGGGCUGAGGGGGGCCGCGGGGGCUGCAGGGGCUGCGGCCGGCUCGGGGCUCCCCACGGUGUUGGAGAAACUCUUUGUGGACACGAGAAUCCUGAGUGGGAAGAUGCUGCAGCGCCCCCUCGCUCCUGGGCCUUCCCGCCCGCACCCUUCCAGCCGCCGGGGGAGGCUCCCCCUCGGGGGGCUCGGGCUCGGCCUCCACGGCUGAAUCUCGCACAACGUCCUGCGUCUGAACGUUAACUUCCUUUCCUCAGCAAAUCCAAGGAGCUGUCUCCCCCUCCCCCAUCUCUCAACUAGAACUUGAGACUUUAAUCCGCACUGGGCCGAGGGGAAGGGCCGGGGGUCUGCAGGGGCUCACAGAGGCUGACCGCAGAGGUGACCCGGCCGGAGGGGCACAGGCGGGAUGGCCAGGGACACGGCGGGAGGCGCUCCGGAGGCAGAGGUUCGGGCCGGGAGCAGCCGGGGGGCCGGAGUCAGGACUGUGGAGCACCUGGGAGCACGAGGUCCGACCAGCCUCCGUGGGCGGGGGGCUGACGAUGCUGGGGUUGAGACUGAAUUGGGGGAGGGGGCUGGGGUCAUGGUCAGGUGAGGGCAGGGCUCCCCCAGAAUUCCCGUGGCCGUAUCAGAGAACGGUGUGUGUGGAAGGCCCCGGGUAGGUUAAGAGGGGUGAGAGGUGGGUUGGGCAGGGGAGGGAGUGAAUGAGAUGUGCAUUUAAGAGAUUAAGAGAGAGGUAAGGGCUGGACAGAGGGCCGUCUGCUUGGAGGCGGCUGGGAGAAGGGUCAGCGGAUUCGGGUCAGAGCCAUUGGACACCAGGGCCCCGAGGCCGGGAUGAUGGGGGGUCCGGGGCAGUCUCUGGCAUGGACCGGCUGGACACUAGGGAGAGGGGUAAGCUCUCAGCAGGGCCGCUCUCUGAAGCUGGCUCCUGUAGGAGCCGCCCCUGCCUCAUGGAGGGGCUUCCCACGCCAGCUGAGUGCUGGUGAAAUCAUAGGUAUAGACUCCCCCAAAAAGUUCUCGCCCGCAGGGCCCUCAGCCACUGGGCAUCUUGGGAGCAAAGCUGUCCGGAGGGGAAGCUCACCUGGCCAGGGGCUGCUCUUCAUCCCCAAGGGCUCCUCCACCCACACAUUUGUCAGCCCGUGGCGGGGGGAGCAUCCCAGGCAAAAUCAACCAGAGCCCCAGGGCUUGAUGGCCUGGCCAAGAUGCUGGAGGGGCUCCCCUCUGGGCAACCCCUGCCCUGUUUGCAGGUUUUGUCCCAGCACCAAGCACAGUGCCUUUGUAUACAGUGGCAUCCAAUAAAUGCUUGUUGCCAGCACUGAUUCUUAGGAAGUGACCUCCCCUUUGCCACUUAGAGCCAUUAUUCCCGGUUCUGCUCCAAGUUCUUCCUCCUCUCCCCAUGAUUGUCUUCUCUGCCUCGGGCCUUCCCAUCUUGAGCUGUAACGAGUGUGGAGCAGACGGGACUUUGUUCCGGGGCGCCAGCCUCCUGGGGGUCCGUUCCUUUCCUAGAGGGGGCUGCGCCAGAGUCUUCCUGCCCAUCUGCCUGGGGGGGGGGGACCGUGCUGCCCCCCAGCCCUGGGCUUCUGUAAGCCACCGCCAGGGCCCUUUGAUGCUGCCCGAGUUUCCUCCGAAGGUGCCUUUGAAUCCUUCCUAGGGCCGAAACUCCUGGCGGCCGAGAAUUUUCUAAUCUUUGUACCCAGCCCUGGGCUCUGCACACAGCAGGUGCUCAAUAAAGAUUGUUGUGUGACA